AGAUCUUGACAUUGAUGCUUAUUAUGUUGAUUCAAUGUUUACUCCUUUAUUGUAUUCGAUUAUACAAUUUAUUUCAGUUGAGGAUUCUCCUUUGGAUACAUUAUAUCAGAUGCAUCGGACUAUUGGAAUUAUGAUUCUAUGUAAACCAGACCUCUAUAAUGAUGUUAUAGAAAUCAUGGCACAUGGUGAUACAAUGAGUCGUAAUCGGGCUGUAAACAUUCUAUUUUAUUUUUGGAGAAAUAGUACAGGGCAUCCUUCAGUUGGAGAAGCACUGCCAAACGUGGGAUAUAUGCAUGAUUUGUCGGUUAAGGAGAAACAAAAUGAUACAUCAAUAAAAAAUUCAAAGAGAGCUUCAAUGUCUGUUAUAAAAGAUGUUCAUCUCCACCAGUUUUUGCCGCACAUUUUCCUUGACACUCGAAACGGUAAAGAAAAUAAACACGCUUCCCUUACUGUUACAAAACAUGCUUCUAUAGUAGAUAUGCAUGGUCAAUUUAUACCUACUGAACAUCCAAAUGCGUGUGUUCAAUGUUUUAAGCCAAUAUCUGGUUUUGGUUUACGGUGUGGUGGUUGUAAGCUAAAUGUUCAUUUUACAUGUUAUAAUUUAGCUGAUGGAGAAUUUUUGACAGAGUAUUCAGUGGAAUCAGGAGAACACAAAUUGUAUAAAUUGUCAACUCCAAGAUAUUGUGAUAUAACUUACGGUCAAAGAGAGGUUAUUUGUAAUGAUUCUUUGAAAAACAUUGAUUAUAAAACUGCCAUUAUUUCAAAGACUGUUUCUGGACACUCUUUUCGCCUUGUGAACCUUUUUACUUUAGUAUUAUGUAUGGUGUGUCGCAUGCCUUUAUGGGGCGUGAUGCAUCAAGGCUAUCGAUGUGGAUCUUGUAAUAAGUUUAUACAUUCUCGAUGCAUGAAAUCAAACGAAUCGGAAGUACAAUUUGCUUGCCAUUCUCCAUCCAUGAGUGAAGGUGAUGCAUUGAUUGAGCAUGAAAUGCUUCGACUUAGUUUUAAAACUUAUUACGAAAAUAUCUUGGUACCUGAAGAAAGUAUUUCCUCUUAUAGUUUUGAAGAAUUAUCCAUAAUGAUGACAACAUUACAAAUGCAAGAAAAUAUAUUAAAUAAUGGAAUUAUAGCAGGAUGUUUGAUUAUAAAACAAAAAUAUCAUAAUCCUCUUUUUCCACGAUCAAAGCAAUUCGAUAAAUUUGAAUUACAAGAGUAUUCGGAACUUUACCAAUCAUACCUUGAGGGAAGAAAAUUGCCAUUAUCAGUAAUAACAAAUGAAUAUUGGGAAGGUAUUAGUAAAGAACCUCCUUUAUGGAUAAUUUCUUGUGAAGAUUAUCUUGCACAUUUAGCAUCCAUUAUUAAAACUUCGUAUGAUUCAGAACCAGGAUUUAUAGAUAGUCAUUUAAGUGUUUAUACUGCAGCUACGUUAACAAUACCUUCUCCAGAUGAUUCUAACAAUCCUGCCGGGAUUUUAACUAUAAAGGAAAUGAUGAAGUGGUUGCAAAAAAACCUUGGAUUUCAUAAUUCUUAUACUUCAAAGAUCUUAUUACAACAAAUGGCUAACUAUGGAUUUUUAGAACGAAUUGAUGGUCAUCCCAUAUUAUUUUGUGACGAAUCCGUAGGGGAAAUUUUGGAUCAUGAUUGCACUUUUCCAUUACCAUUUGCAAUUGAAUGUUCUCCAACCGUAGAGUCUUUAAUAACUGCAAUUACUGCAUGUUUAUCUGAUAUUAACAUUUCCAUAAACGAAUGUGGAUUAUUAUUGAUGACGAAACGUUGUUGGCCAGAUUCUUUUCUAUCAAGAUACAUAUUGGAGAGAUUAAUCUAUGCUGUGAUUGAAUGGGUAUGCAGUGAAGAUGAUAAAUUACUUAUAAUUGCUCGUGAGUAUACUCCAUCUCAGCUCAAACUUCCUGGAGUUCGUGAUGAGAUGGAGAAUAAAAGAAAUGGAGCAAAUCAAAGACAACCAUCGGCGAUGCCAAGUGUUGCUGGAGGUGGUGCUUAUAUUGUUUGUCGUAAAAUGUUGAAAGAAAAAUAUAUAAUAAAUUGGAUGUCUGCAAUUCAUGAUAUGAAUCAAGGAUUGUUUUGUGACAUAGUUUUCGAUCAAAUAGAAAUGUUGUAUGAAAAUAAAAGUGAGCAGGAUGUAAUAACGGAAACUGAAUUUCAGAGCCAUGAUCGUAUAUUAAAGUGUAUGAUUAGAUUAUGGCACGCAGGUUUACUUUUCUCUGCCUUUAAAGAUAUGAUUGCACGAUGGUUAGAUGAUGUUUAUCAUAUCAUGAAGCAUCAAUCUAAUAUUUUUGUGGAAUUGAAAACCUUAUAUAAAAUAUUUAAUGCAUCAAAAUCAUCAACUUAUCGAUAUAGCACUACAGAUCAAAUAUUGUUGUCGACUGAGAAUAAUAACAGCGAUGUUACAGAUCCAAUUUCCUUAGUUACACAGCUUUUCAAAGAAGGAGAUGCUGUUGAAUUAACUCGAGCAUUACAGUGGAUGGAAGUGAUGGUUCGUACUGGUAUUGGUCUUCCAGGUUCAAUAUUUUCCGAUUUCCUUCCACUUUUAGCCAACCUUUCACCAUCAAUCGAACAAUACACUACAUUUAUGGAGGUUAUGUGGUAUCAAGUUAUGAUUGGUCUUGGACAUCUACUCGUGCGAAGUAACAUCCAAAGCAUUAUAUCAGAUGUCAAUGAAGCGGCUUUUGAAAUGAUCAAAAAGAUAAACGAAGGAGGAUAUGGUGCAGAAAUUGCAAGUGCAAGAUCCUUUGUCAAAGUUACAAUUGUAUUGGCUUUAUACUCUUAUAAUUGCCCAUUGGAAAUGAUAUAUAAUGUUGGAAUAUUUGAUUCAUUACCUGAAAAGCCAAUUAAUUUAAGCCACCCAAAAAGAUUGUCUAAUUUUAAAGACUCGACUCAAGGCUCUAAUCUUACUGCUGAUGACCCUUUAAUUCAAUGCUUGUUGAUGUAUGCUAAAUUUGAUAAACUAGAAGUUCGUGGAGACAUAGUAAAAGGAUUUUGGAAAUUUAUCACAUCUGCAGGUCUAAUUUUCAAUAAGAAUGAAUUUGUCAAUAGUUGUAUUCCUGAACUUCUUCCAAGUGUAUGGAAGGAAUUAUCUCCCUUACAUGAUACAUCAUCAGAUAUAACUUUGCAAUUAUUGAUGAAAAUUGUUUGGGCAGAUUCAAGGUUCUUUCUUGCUUCAGUCAGUAAAGUAUUUGAACAUUCUGAUUGGGAAGUUAGAUUUGAUGGUCUUGAUAACUUGUAUGGAUUAUUCUCUAAGUUGGAUGAAAAACAUGAUAUACAAGUAAGUGGAGUUUUUGCCUAUCUAGGACCAAUAUUUAGCUAUUUAGUCGGAUGUUUAUGGGACGAAGAGGAAUUUGUUAGAACAAAAGCUAUUACUUAUAUAAGAUCAAUGCAGCCACAGCACGUGCGUUUAGCUUUUAAAUGCUGGGAAGGAUAUUUCAAAACUGCAAAUGUUCGUGAAAAAACGCUAUUGUGUAAAUUAAUGAUUAAAUUGAAUGCAAAAUUUCCAGAUUGGGAAGUUAUUGAGUGGAAUACACUAUUAGAUGCUUUAACUCAAAAUGAUGAGAAUGAACAAGUUUCCACUUCCGAUAUUUUGGAAAGCUAUAUGAGACCAGAUAGUAUUUUGGUAAUUGGGUUGAAACAAAUUCAGGACGGUGGAAAUUCUACUCCAGGACAAAGAGUUGCAGAAUCGCAAAAUCUGAGGGUUAUAGUGUUAACACUUGCACUGCAAAUGUUAGCAAAUGGUAUUGAAGUAACUCAAGAUCAAAUCAUUAAAUUAAAGCAUUUGGUGUUAAUUCAUUUAGGAUUUAAAAAUUCUAAAUUGGAAAUGGUUAAUGGAAAGUCAAAUGUAUCAAUCGGAGAUUUUGAAUAUAUACCUGAUGAUUUUGCACAAAAUAUGAUUAUUACAUCAUGUUUGGGAAAUCUUAAAAGAGUACUGGAUACGCCGAUUUACUUAAAGUCAUCAAACAAUAUUUUAGAAGAUACAAGAUUAGCAGCGGAACAGGAAGAAGAAUUAGCAGGUGGUGUUUUUGUAGAUGUCGUAUUAGCAUUAUUUAAUUCUUCGGUAGACAUGUCAACUCUAAGCCAUCUUAUGCUUAAGAAUUGGAUUGAGUUACUACUUAUGAUUGUUUAUAAGCAUAAGAUUGAGGAUAAACGCAAUAGACAAUUAGAAGAAAACUUGGUAAACGCUAUGAGAAAAGCUUCUGAAUUAUUAUCCAAAGAUGUAACAGAAGAAAAUAAACAACUUAUCAUAGAAGUUUCUACCACAUUAUUAAAAAGAGCACCUAUGUUAACGGUCAAUAUUUUGGGAAAAUAUAUUAUUACGUUGGGAAAAUUAUUGACAAAGCUAAGAAAUGAUUCAUCAAGUUCUUUGGUUAUGAGCGCAAAAAUAUUUUUACGAACAGCGUUCAUAAGUUUUGCAAGGAAUGGGUUGUUUGUUCUAAUUUUUAAGAAUCAAACAGUUGCGGAUGAAACAAAUACUGAACUAGACAUGUUUAGAGUAUUACGUGAUAUAAUAAGAGAUGAAGUUAUUCCAACACAUGAUGAAAAUAUUGAACCGACUUAUCUUUGUGUUGAACCAAUAAGAGAUGUUAUAAAUCAAUUAUUUAAGUUCACAAAUCGUAAAAUUGUAUCUACUGUAUUACAUAACUUGAAUAAAUAUGUGGAAUUAGUUUACUCAAAACCAUAUAGUGAACAAUUAAUGAUAGAUUUAGGAUCAUUUUUAAUAAAGUUGAGUAAAUAUACGACUGAAUGGAAAAGUGUCGAUUGGGAUGUUAAUCCUAUACUUAAUAUGAUUUCCAUUAUAUUAAAGAACAAUCCGCUUCAUGCGAAGCAUUUGAUUCACCCUGUAAGGAAUUUCCUGAAACAUGUAAUUAAUAAAUGUGGACCUACUAUAGAAUCAUUUGUAAAAUUAUUGGCAGCUUAUAGUGCAAUAAGUGAAGUAGUUUCACCAUCUGAUCAAAGUAAUGCUUUUGGUGAAGUAAUACUUGAAGAAAUAAAAAUAUUUUAUAGAGGAGCAAGGAAUAGAUUGAAUAGAGAUACAUUGAUAAUAUUAUUACAGCUUGUAUUAUGGGACAUGCAACCAUCAACGUAUCCAUGGUUUAGAAGCAUUGAACAAAGAAUUAAAGUUAAUUCGUCAAGUCAACAACGAAGGCCUUUUUUUUCAAAUGUAUCGGAAUAUCUAUUUGAGGAUUGCACAAAUUUUUUGGAAAAUCCUCCUAUAACGAAACAGUACUCGAAAAAAGAUUUUAAAAUCGGAGUAUGUGCAAGUCAAUUAGCUGUUGCUAUGUGUAGUGAAAAAUAUGAUCUAUUGACAAAGAUAUUUUUAUGGCAAAAGUCGACAGAUUCUAGACGCACAAUACGAUUAUUAAAUUGGAUAUUAUUAGGGAUUUUAAAAGCAGAUUCAUCAACAGGAUUAGUUACAACAAUAUUUGAUUUUCAAGAUAACAUUACAGAUUUAUUAUCACUUGCACUUAAACAACCAUUUAAUGAAGUAAUAGCAGGAGAUGUGAAUUAUCUUUAUACACAUUCAGGGGAAUUAGCUUAUCAAUCAUUUGUUUUAGUAAAAAUUUGGACAGUGCUUUGCUUACAAACUUCGAAACUACAAGAAAAUAAAAUUAGCGAAGCACCUAAAUUGCAUCAAAGAUUAGCUAACAAUUUAACUAUGGCUGAAAGAAGAUUUUGGAAUUCUAUUUGGCCUAGUAUUAGGAAACAAUUAAUUAGCGUUACUGAAGAUAAAGAUGUUUUGCCUAAUGGAGUUCCUUAUUGGGAAAUGUUUAUGGACUUGAUAACAUUUCUACAUUUAAUUGGAAGUGAUAUUGUUAUGUUGUAUUCUCAGGAAUGGUGUACACUUUUGGAUAGUCUUAUUAAUAAGAAUGAAGAAGUAACAGAAUUCCAUCAUAAGAUAAGACAAGCAAGAUCGAUGUUUGAUGAUCCACCAUUAAAGAUGCAACAGGAUAUGUUAAUUACUCAAUUAUUUGUGGAAAUGAGAGAGGCUAUGAGAUUGUAUUUCGAGAUAAAUAGUAGCAAUGUUGGUGGUAGAUUAUUUCCGUAUUAUUAAUAAUAAUAAUUAAUUAUUUACGUAAUUAUAUAAUUUUAUUAACUUAAUUAAUAAAAGUAUUAA